AUGACUCCCCAGAAGAAUAUUACCGUCGGACCUUAUUCGUUCCUUUCCUUGACCAUAUCCCGGAAGAGAUGUCAUCAAGGUAAACAUUUUAAAUAUACAAUAUAUUGUAUUAGCUUGUAUUUGCCUUGUCAGUUUAAAGUUACACACAUUCACGAUAACACUCCUCUUGAUAGUUCUUAAUACUAAAUUCUUAUCUUGGUCAAUUGAUAAUUUAAAAUAGCAUCCUAACUUUCAUUAUAUGCACAUUAGAAGGUGCAAACCAGACAUGUGUGUGGUGACUAGUGCAACUGUUUAAAUUUUUAGAUUUGGUCCUACUAAGAAGACUGCUGUCCAGUUACUUGGCCUUGUACCAAGCAUAAUCGUUACACAAGAAAAUACAAACAUUGAAGAGAUGUCGGAGAUGUACCAGUCAGAUCUUCCAAGUCCCUGGACCCUAGACAUUAAAUAUGACAGGUGGUCAAGAAAAUGGAAAUCAGAAGUAACCAAGCCUAACUCACUUCAACAACAAGCGAGCAAACAAUACUUUGAAGCUUGUCAAAGAAUAUUUACACACCACCAUGACAACGGAAAGACUGUCAGGCUUGGCUCUGAGGAGCAUUCACUACAAAAAGCCCGUUGA